AUGGGAGGCUCGGUAUCAAAAGCUUUGGCACGGAUAUUUGGGAAUAAGGAAAUGCGUAUCCUGAUGCUUGGUCUAGAUGCUGCUGGCAAAACUACAAUCCUUUAUAAGCUGAAACUCAACCAAUCUGUGACAACCAUACCUACCGUUGGUUUUAACGUGGAAACGGUGACAUAUAAAAAUGUCAAAUUCAAUGUCUGGGACGUUGGUGGUCAAGAUAAAAUUCGCCCACUUUGGCGUCACUAUUAUACGGGUACACAGGGACUUAUAUUUGUAGUUGAUUCGCAAGACCGUGAUCGAAUAGACGAGGCUCGCCAAGAGUUACAUCGAAUCAUUUCAGAUCGAGAGAUGAGAGAUUGUUUGCUGCUGGUAUUUGCCAAUAAACAAGAUUUGCCGGGUGCAAUGUCACCGGCUGAUGUGACCGAAAAACUUGGUCUACAUCGUAUGCGCGAUAGAGCUUGGUACGUUCACCCGUCAUGUGCUACCACCGGGGAAGGUUUAUUUGAAGGAUUAAAUUGGUUAAGUCAAAACGCCAAGGCAAAAUAA